AUGGCCAGCAUCAACAUUAGGGUGCAGAAUCUCGAGCAGCCCAUGGACGUUGCCGAAUACCUCUUUCGGCGUCUCCACGAAAUUGGCAUUCGCUCCAUCCAUGGCCUUCCAGGCGAUUACAACCUCCUUGCCCUCGACUAUCUGCCAUCGUGUGGCCUGAGAUGGGUCGGCAGCGUCAACGAACUCAAUGCUGCUUAUGCUGCUGAUGGCUAUGCUCGUGUCAAGCAGAUGGGAGCUCUCAUCACCACUUUUGGAGUGGGAGAGCUCUCAGCCAUCAAUGGCGUUGCCGGUGCCUUUUCGGAACACGUCCCAGUCGUUCACAUCGUCGGCUGCCCUUCCACCGUUUCGCAGCGAAACGGCAUGCUCCUCCACCACACGCUCGGAAACGGUGACUUCAACAUCUUUGCCAACAUGAGCGCUCAAAUAUCCUGCGAAGUGGCCAAGCUCACCAAUCCCAACGAAAUCGCUACCCAGAUCGACCAUGCCCUUCGAGUUUGCUUCAUUCGUUCUCGACCCGUCUACAUUAUGCUUCCUACCGAUAUGGUCCAGGCAAAGGUAGAAGGCGCCAGGCUCAAGGAGCCAAUUGAUUUGUCGGAGCCUCCAAAUGAUCCCGAGAGCGAAGCAUACGUCGUUGAUGUUGUUCUCAAGUAUCUGCGUGCUGCAAAGAACCCUGUCAUCCUUGUCGAUGCUUGUGCUAUCCGUCAUCGUGUUCUUGAUGAGGUUCAUGAUCUCAUCGAAAAGACAAAUCUCCCCGUCUUUGUCACUCCCAUGGGUAAAGGUGCUGUUAACGAAGAACACCCAACAUAUGGCGGUGUCUAUGCCGGUGACGGCUCACAUCCGCCUCAAGUUAAGGACAUGGUUGAGUCUUCCGAUUUGAUAUUGACAAUCGGUGCCCUCAAGAGCGACUUCAACACUGCUGGUUUCUCUUACCGCACCUCACAGCUGAACACGAUUGAUCUACACAGCGAUCACUGCAUUGUCAAAUAUUCGACCUAUCCAGGUGUCCAGAUGAGGGGUGUGCUGCGACAAGUGAUCAAGCAGCUCGAUGCAUCUGAGAUCAAUGCUCAGCCAGCACCAGUUGUCGAGAAUGAAGUGACCAAGAACCGAGAUAACUCACCCGUUAUUACACAGGCUUUCUUCUGGCCGCGCGUUGGAGAAUUCCUAAAAAAGAACGACAUUGUCAUCACCGAGACUGGAACAGCCAACUUUGGUAUCUGGGAUACUAAAUUCCCCUCUGGCGUUACUGCACUUUCUCAAGUCCUUUGGGGAAGCAUUGGCUGGUCUGUUGGUGCCUGCCAAGGAGCUGUUCUUGCGGCUGCCGAUGACAAUAGCGACCGCAGAACAAUCCUCUUUGUUGGUGACGGCUCAUUCCAGCUCACUGCUCAAGAAUUGAGCACAAUGAUUCGUCUCAAGUUGAAGCCUAUCAUCUUUGUCAUCUGCAACGAUGGCUUUACCAUUGAACGUUUCAUUCACGGCAUGGAAGCCGAGUACAACGACAUUGCAAACUGGGAUUUCAAGGCUCUAGUUGACGUCUUUGGCGGAUCCAAGACGGCCAAGAAGUUCGCCGUCAAGACCAAGGACGAGCUAGACAGUCUCCUCACAGACCCUACCUUUAACGCCGCAGAAUGUCUCCAGUUUGUCGAGCUAUAUAUGCCCAAAGAAGAUGCUCCUCGAGCAUUGAUCAUGACGGCAGAAGCCAGUGCGAGGAACAAUGCCAAGACAGAACCUGAUAAAUAUGGAUCAAGGCAGGAGGGUACAGCUGGAAGAUGGAAGACACCGGCUCAAAAGGCAAAGUAUGCCGGCAGAGUGGAAAUGGGCACCGCGCUCGACGUGGGCGAUGAAGGCAUUUGGGUCACCUAUGCCAGAGGUAUGAAGGGCAAAGCGGUCCGAGAGUUUACGGCCAUGUGCGAAGAGUAUGGUGAAAAGAUGUACGGCAUCAAGCCACCAGUCGACGCCUCAGAGGCACACGCCCAGUCAGGAGAUGAAGCAGAAGACAUCGAGGCGUCCAUCCAGAAGGAGCUUGACGCGAUGAAGGAGUCUCGGAAGCCGAAAGAACGAAGGGUCUUCUCGCCGGUAGCAGUUGGCAUCGAGUGCGUCUUCUUCAUGAAGACGAUGAAGCCGGUGGACCCGUAUCAGCUGGUCCUCCGGAUCUGCAGAGAUGCGCAAGAGUGCCCCAGCCCGAAGGACCGCAAGUGCAAGUACAUUAACCGGCUGACGCCAGUGAUGGACACGGAUAAGGCGACGGAGAAGGGGAUUCAACGGGUGGCGUGGAAAGUUCUUGCGUCGUUUUUCAGCUUGAAUGAGGAAGAGAAGGAGGGAGAGGACGAGGAGAAGGACGAGGAGAAACUGAAAGCAGAAGGCUCAGAUGAAAAGGCGGAAGAAGUAAAAGAGACGGCUCAACCACUUGAGCCGACGCCAGAAGCCCAGCAAGCCGAGGUAUCUCCCGCUUUUACUAAUGAGCAGUAUGCCAUCCGACACACUAUGAGAAAUCACACCAUUCUCAAAUCAGAAGCAGUCAUCAAGAUGAUUGCCGGCAUGGUCAAGCCCGAGCACAAAGUCAACCUCAGAACCCCAGACAAGGUCAUCCUCGUCGAGAUAUUCCAGAUGUUUUGUGGUAUCUCUGUCGUCGACGGCAAGGAGUGGGAGGAGCUGAAGCGGUAUAACAUCAAUGCACUCUAUGACAUGACGGGCGAGCAGAAGAGUGGAAACCCAGGAAAGACCACGAAGGAGGAGAUGAAGGAGGAGACGAAAGAAGAGUAG